ACAAGUUUAAAGAUGGGGGUGACCAACAUGUUGUAAGCUGCAAGAGCUGACAAAUCACUUUACUACAGAUCAGCAUACAGUUGUGUAAGAAAAGAAGGCGUGACUUCCUGUGUGAUGCAUUUAUUUGCUGUGAGGAAAGUGAAACUGUCGAGUCAUUCCCUGUUGUCGAGAGGUGAAAUGGCGCAGCAAAGGAAUCAAGCACCAGAGGAGAAAUUCUGCUGUUCGAUCUGUCUGGAUCUACUGAAGGAUCCGGUGACUAUUCCCUGUGGACACAACUACUGCAUGAACUGUAUUAAAACCUCCUGGGAUGAAGAAGAUCAGAGAGGAACCUACAGCUGUCCUCUGUGCCGAGAGACUUUCUCCUCGAGGCCUGUCCUGGUGAAAAACACCAUGUUGGCAGAGUUAGUGGAGGAACUGAAGAAGACUGGACACCAAGCUGCUCCAGCUGAUCACUGCUAUGCAGAACCUGGAGAUGUGGCCUGUGAUGUCUGCAUUGGGAGGAAGCUGAAAGCCUUCAAGUCCUGUCUGGAUUGUCGGGCCUCUUACUGUGAACAACACCUUCAGCCUCACUACCAAUCUCCUACUUUUAAAAAACACAAACUUGUCGAAGCCUCUGUUAAUCUUCAGGAGAGCAUCUGCUCCCAUCACGAUGAGGUGAUGAAGAUUUUCUGCCGAACUGAUCAGGAGUGUAUCUGUUAUCUCUGUUUAAUGGAUGAACAUAAAGGCCACGACACCAUCUCAGCUGCAGCAGAAAGGACCAAGAAGCAAAAGGAGCUCGGUGAAAGUCGGCAAAACAUCCAGCAGAAAAUCCAGGAACGUGAAAAAGAUGUGAAGCUGCUUCAGAAAGAGAUGGAAACUAUCAAUCGCGCUGCAGAUAAAACAGUGGGGGACAGUGAGAAGAUCUUUACGGAGUUGAUCUGUGUCAUUGAGAAAAGAAGCUCUGAGGUGAAGGAGCAGAUCAGAUCCCAACAGAAAACUGAAGUGAGUCGAGUCAAAGAGCUUCAGGAGAAGCUGGACCAGGAGAUUGCUGAACUAAAAAGGAAAAACGUCGAGCUGGAGGAGCUCUCACGCUCAGAGGAUCCCACCCAGUUUCUUCAAAGUUACUGCUCACUGUCAAAACGUACUGGAUCUACAAACUCACCAAUACCAAAACACAACCGUUUGUGGUACUUUGAGGAUGUGAUGGAAGCUGUGACAGCAGCAAGUGAUAAAAUGCAAGAAAUUCUUUCUGAGAAACUGCCUUUAGCAGAGCCUACGACCAGAGCUGAGUUCUUACAAUAUUCAUGUCAAAUCACAAUGGAUCCAAACACAGCAGGCACAUCUCUGGAUUUAUCAGAGGGGAACAGAAAAAUAACAUAUGUAAAAAAUAAACCAUAUCCUGAACAUGCAGACAGAUUCCUUCAGGCAACUCAGGUCCUGAGUGAAGACGGACUGACUGGACGGUGUUACUGGGAGGUGGAGAUGAGCAGAAGACCUGCUUCAGUAGCAGUCGCUUACAAGAGUAUUGGCAGAUCAGGUGACCUUCAUGCACGUUUAUUUGGAUUCAAUAAGAAGUCUUGGGCAUUACGUUGUGACAAUAGUUACAUCUUUAGACAUGACAACUGCUCACUCAGAAUCUCAGGCCCCAACUCCUCCAGAAUAGGAGUGUACCUGGAUCACAGCGCAGGUAUUCUGGCCUUCUUCAGCGUCUCUGAAACUAUGACUCUCCUCCACAGAGUCCAGACCACAUUCACUGAGCCGCUCUAUGCUGGAGUUUGGCUUUUGGGCUUUUGUGGAGAUACUGCUGAGUUUUGUAAACCAAGGUAAUCAUGAAAAGCCAGAGAACAGGUUAAUAUCAAAGAAAUGUAUCAUAACCUCUGCAGGACAUGAAUAAAAGAGGCAGUUUAGGAUUAAGUGAUUUAACUCAGGGUGGAUGGUGUUAUUGGAACAUUUUGUGUUUUUAUCAAAUGCAGAAUGUGUAAAUAUGUGUGAUCGUUUCAACCCAUGCCUCGUGUAAAACAGGAAGUCAGGAGUCAACAUUAUAUUCACUUCCCAGAAAAGACUCUGAGGCAGUGAGUAAAACUGAUAAUCAAUUAUUUGAGUGACUGUUAAACUUGUUCAUUAUUUGGUGGAUUUCUGUUUUUCUCUUUAAUAUUUAUAUUUAUUUAAUAUAUUCUAUGUGUGACACAUAAGAUAACUACAUAUUACUGUCUAGUCCUCUGAUGCUAUGCAAAGGUUUUAUUGAUGCGACUGUAAAUACGCAAAUUUAUAAUACCUAACAAUAUAUUUUAUGCUGUUAUUGGAUACAUUUAAUUGGUAGAGGAACUAAAGAUGUUUUCUGAAGACGCAUUUUAAAUGAGAAUGAUGAUGAAAUGUAAAAUGUAAUUAACUCCUGCCUGAGAUUUUCUAAAUUCA